AGCCACGGUUGGAUGGGCAGGAUUUUCACCUACAGUCAGUCAAUCUCGCUACGAAUGCUAUUAAAGCCCCCGUCACCUAUAAGGCUGCCAGUAUAUCAAAACAAACGUGUGUAUAGGCAUUGAUCGACACAGGAGAGAGUUUGUCGCCCUACUGAGUCAAUCAGAUGUCGUCUGCUCACAACAUAACAACAUAGGACAGCGCUCAUACCAUCUUCCUUCUCUUCCUCAGCCUUCAACGACAGCCUUUUAGGUGUGUCACACGUUGAUAUUUUCAUCGUUUUCUACGAGACUUUCUUUUGAAAGUAGGAAAUUACACUGCCAUCAUGAAUUUCAAAAAGUCCAAGUUGUACAAGACUAUUAUCAAUGGAACUCCGGAGGCGGUGAUGAAGACCCUCUGGGACUACCUCAAGAGCGGCAAAGAUGUCAAUAUGAAGGAUGAAACUACAGGGGAAUCCCUGCUUCAUCUUCUUGUCCGACAUGGUGAGAGGUUUUGUACCCCAGAAACAAUUCAGGCCAUCUACAUGUUGGUGUGUAAGGAUGUAGACAUUGACGCCCAGGAUCAAGCGGGGGAAACGGCCCUCCACUUAGUCAUGAGGAAAAAAGGCACCUACAGGAUAAUGAUGGCCAUUGUCAGGUGCGGAAUCGAUACGGCCAUCGUCAACAAUGAAGGCAACACAGCAGAGGAUGUGCUCCUCAAAGAGAAGCCGGACGGCUGGCAGGAGAUGCAGCACUGGUACAACAAAUACAAACCAGGCCUGUGGCGAGCCCUGUCAGCUGACGAGCCCGACCGGAAACUCGUAGAAAAGCUUCUUAAGAACUGGUGUCGACUCACCUGUAUAAAGAAUGGUAAAGUGACUAGCAUCAAGUCAUUAGUCAAAGAUGACGUCCGCAAAAUUGACCUUCUCCACAAGAUCGAGGAUUACGAGAACGCCAAUGAAAUGGCCCUGGCGUUGAAUGCUGGGUUUGGCUUCAUCGUGAAAUCAUGGAUGAAACAACCAAGUACGGAACUGAUGAAGUCGGUCGAUCCAAACACGUCGGAUUACUCUUACCAAUAUAACUUCCCAGACUCACCGGAAGUGCCGCGCCCCCUGCUGGCGGCGGCCUGGGAGACAAACAGCUACGAAACUGUUGACGUCCUCAUGGAUAUGAAGCCAAACACAAGAGCGCUUUACUCAAACGAACCAGAAACCGUAAAUCCACCUAAACCGCUAUUUUUUCAGCUUGUGUGUGGAAAUUCAGUCCCCGCGGAUGAUCGAAUCCCCCUGAGGAUAUUCCGAGGUUCUGACCUUCAAGCAAGGGACAGCGAAGGACAAACGAUUCUCCACAAAGUAAUAGAAUAUCAAAAACCAGAAAAUACUUUCCGCAUUUUAAUGACAUAUGGUGCUGAUAUUGCAGCACGUGACCGUCACGGUCGCACGGCACGUGAUUUAGCCUUAAAAUUAAACAGACCCGAAUAUAGCACAUGUGUCGAUGAACACAUCAUAAAACUUGUGAAAGACAAAAAGUUUGAUGACAUUGAGAGACUUAUACUCCAAAGCUACGACCAGCUUUUGAAUGUCACGGAUAGCUCCAAACGGACAAUGGUCGAAAUCGCAAAGAAAUAUGGCAAUCGUCACAUCUAUGAAGUAGUGAAGCUGUCAGCUGCCAUUCAGGCCUACGUGAGACGAGUGUUCCAGGCAGUUGCGGAUGACAAUAUGGAGGACCUAAAGAAACUGCUCUCCUGUAAGAAAUACCACAAUGUCCGCGACAAGUGCGGCCGGACGCUCCUACACAAGGCAGUGAUGAAGAAGAGGAAAACCAUGACUAAAUUCCUCAUUGAAGAAUACCCUCAAAAUCUCAACGUUGGCGACACUAUGGACCGCACACCCCUUCACUACGCCCAUCUGUUCGCAGAUGAUGACGACACUGUCACGAUGAUGGUCAACAACGGCGCCACCGUCGACUACUGUGAUGCUAUGGGGAUGCGACCGGCAGACAUGACCGUAGCCAAGUGUGGUAGUCAGAAACUGGGUCAGAUACAGAAGGACGUAACAGACCUGGACUUCAACAUCUACCUGUCAGAAAAAGACUUCUUGGCAUCCUUCUCCUCAGCUAUUCAGAAAGGCGAACUUGAGACAAUCAAAAGCCUGGUGUCUGGUCUUCGGGCGUUCGGAGACAUGUCACAGUUCAGCAAGUCUCUAUUUGAGUGUAUUGACCAGAACCAGACAGAAAUUGCCAAGUUCCUCAUCAUGGCAGGCUUCAAAACCGAUAUCUAUAAGCAGUACACUUCAUGUGAUCCUAACGACCCGAUGUGUGCUAUGAUGGAAUGUGGCCACAGUAUGACGUCACUGAAAGAAAGAGCCACAGAGAAGAAGUGUGACGAUAUAGUUAGUCUUAUCGACGGCAUUUCAAACGGAAAGGUAAAAUUAACCAGAGUGGAACCUCAAAAUGGAUUAGGAGAAUAUGGGAUAUGAUGCAUCACAGACACAAGAGAGGACAUGACAUAUCGCACUGUUCACAACUGACAGGGAGAUUAUAUGGACUGCAUCUCUAUGGAAAAGUUCUGAACUUUUAUAGUUUGUUAAACAUCAAUCCAAUAUACACAUUUCGUGCAUAAAUGAAUCUCCAACAAGUGUAGCUACAGUAACGCUUACAAAGUACGUGGUUAAAAGAUGGCCGGCCACUUCUCUGGAAGGUUGCCAUGGUAUUCCGAAUGUAGACUGUUCUUAGCUGAUGCUCAGUCACUAUGAUAUAAUAUAUUGUUACUAUGUUUUGCGACUUGUGUGAAUAGUUGCAUAGUUCAUAUAUUGUUUUAUUUGCUUGUACAGAGAAGGAAAGUUAUAUUUUAUGUGUUUAAGAAGCUUGCGCCACAAAUAUAUACAGUUUAUAUACUUUUCUUAUCAUAUUAUUUCCAUGGAACAUUAGUUAGACGCUCUGAUACCUCCACGAAAAAACGAAAACAAGUUUUUCUUGUUUGUUGCUAUCUGAUAUUGAAUUAAUGUCAUAUUUGACAUAUUUGAUAAGAGUUCCUUGAAAUUCAAAGUAUAAAAGCAUAAGCUUUUGGAUAAAUAACUUUACGCAAUUUUAUGCGAUAUUAUUUCUACAAUGUGAAGAUAUGUUGGGAAUAGUAAGUAGAUUAAAGCAAGUUUAAAUUUAUGGAAGCAAUAUAAGUGAAGAUACUUUAACGACACCCAACACCUCAUCAAAUAUAAUCAAGCUACUCUAUGCAUUUGUAAUAGUGUGAUUCUAACAGUACCAUCAGUUUGGGUUGUAAUUUUUCGAAUCUCACAUUGUCAUCAAUAAUGAUUGUAAUUUUUGAAUCUCACAAAAAUUAUCAAUAUCGGGUUUAUUGUGUGUCAAUACUAUUGCUUAAGUUUUUGUUAACCAAAUUGUGUUCAAAGUUUUGUUCCAAUAUUUCUAUUCACAAAACCACAUAUGCAUUGACGGUCAAACGAGAAAAAAAAUCAUAUAUAUAAAAUUUUGUUGUGUGUUUUUCUUCUACAUUACUUAUUCGUUGUUUAAGAUAUUAGCAAAAUCUAUUCAUUGCUUUAAUCUGUCCGUACCUUUAAGAGGACAGGCAGAGCAAUAUGAUGUGUUGUGCUGAUGACUUUUGUCUUAUUGUGGCCAGGUUUCUUAUGUAAAAGGUAAGCUGUCAUGAUUUACCUUCGUAAAAAUCACUGAUUCGGACCAUUAUAAUUUAUCUGUGUAAAAAUAAAUAUCAUGGCUUACCUGUGAAAAAGUAACAUAAGUGACUUAUCAAAAGGUAACUGAAGUGACUUACCUGUGUUAAAAAGGUAACCUGUGUAAAAUAAAUGAUAUGACUUACUCUGUAAAAGAAACUAUUGUGACCUACCUGUUUAAAAUAACUCUUUUAACUGAUCUAUAUAAAUUAAAUCUGGUGAUUUUUAUCUGCGUAAUGGUAAUUGCUGUUUUACCUGUAUAUAUUAAUGUUGCUUCAGAAGGAAAGGUGCUAUACUUGAUGUACACCAACGAGUGUGUGUGCAAGUAGAUUUAUGAGCGAGUAUAUGUACAUUUCAUGUAUGAAAGAGGAUCAUAAGUUCCUUGCAUCUCUGAUUACCAUUUAUAGAUUAAAAAUGUAUAUUUUUAUAAAGGCAAGGCAGUAUUGAGUUUGCCGCCAGGCGAUGACGAUUAGGCGUCAUUGUACCCAGCUGAGGACGGAGUAGCAGGGUGAACACUGGUCGUGGGGAUAUUACUAGGUGCGGACGGUAGGCAGAGUUAGCUCCUGAUCAGAAAGAAGGAGGGAUUUUCCCCGAGAUGCGAACAAGGGACAGUUUUUGUCCUAGGAUUAGGAUGGGUGGGUAGAAUAUAUCGCCAUGUAAGAAUAAUGGGUAUUGUUUGUCCUAGGUGAUGGCGGGUUGGCAGGGUUGUUGAUAGAUGAACGCAAAUGGGCAGAGUGUGUUCAAGAUGAGAACUGGUGACAGGGUUGUUCGCAGAUAUCUACACGCAUCUUUAUUAUUUGUGUAGCUUCAAACUCGAAAUAUAUAGUUAUAUUGUAUUUCCUCUUUGUGUGACUAGCCUACGACUUCAGCAAUAUGCUUGGUCUCAUGAAUGUCGGGUUAGUGACAACCAUAACAAUACUCGUGGCUCGUUCAGUGCUCUUCCCUGUGCGUUCACAGGUUGUAAAAGGGUAAAACAUAGUUCAAAAAUACAUUACUCAUGUUAUAUAACUAGGUAUUUUUCCAAAUAUCAUACAUCUAUUUUAUGAUCGAAUUGUCAAGAUAAAUAUAUAUAUAUAAUAGAUUGACAUGACGACGUAGUCGUGUUGUAUAUGAGAGACUGUACAGGUGUAUGUUUUAUAAUAUGAUUUGUAUUCCGUUAUUGUAGGAGAUUUAAAUGUAUACAAAAUUCUACGUCCAAUAUUUAUGUCAUGAAAACACUAGCAUGUGAAACAAUAAACUUUUGCCUUCAGA